CUUACUUCCUGCUCUCUGACUGCACCUGAACGCACCAACUCUCAGCAUCAGGUAGCGAAAAGCAACAAAAGCGACAAAAACCACGUGUUUUUUUUUGUUUUUAAACUUUUUACUCUUUUAUUUUAAAGUUUCGGUGCACCAGUGCGCGCACACAGCUCACAUUAAUGGCGAAGAGGCGCGCAGAGGACACCCUGCUGCACGACUCUCCCUCCAAAAGAUGCCACCGCUCGGUCUGCAGUGUUGACAUGCAGCUGGGAAGCAUCAUGGCUCCGACCGGGGGUGUGAGCCCGCCGUCCCUGCUGGCUCUGCUGGGCAGCCGCUCCAGGAAGAGGCCGCACUACUUCGAGGAACCGGAGGAAGAAGAAGGAGCAGCUCCGUUCCGCAAGGCCACAAACUGCGACACUAGGAAGCAUGCUGCGACUGUUUUGACGGUGCAGACUUUUUCUGGAAGUUUCCACGAGCGUCGCGGCUCGAGCGCGCCCACGAGCUCCAAGAAACGGACUCGAGAGGGCAGCACGAGCUCGGAGACUGCUGCCUCUAAAGCUAAUGAUAAAGCUGAAGAAGACACCAACGCCGAAGACGACUCUUACAACUCCUUCCAGUACUGGAGGACUCCCUUACCUGAACUCGACCUUUCACUGCUCGAAGACCCCAGCGACGGUUCCCAAACCAAAGACAAAGCAAAAGUCAAAGACCCUUCUUCUUCUUCCUACGCCAUGGAGACCUGAAGAUAAAAGGCGUUUUCACUCCGUCCUGACACGUGAUGCUUUUCAGCAGAUAGAUGGGUCAAGAGCACCUUUUUGAGGUUGCAUCCAGGUUGAGAUGCGGAAGCAAAAGUUAAGCUCCGUCAGAGUGACACAGGCUGUAGUAGUGAGCCUCAUGUUGGUGCAAGAUCUCAACGACUUGUGUGACGUAAAGGAAGAGAUCUUCAAUCCUGUUCUUACAGAGGGGGACCGACGUGUUAUUGUAACCCUCUCUGAAGGGGUUGCCCAUCCAUCCUCAAACUGUAGAUAGUUUACUCCUAAAGUUGUGUUCGGUGCAGAUUCCCUGCCUUGCAGACCUCUGUUGUUAAAGAAAUUGGGUCUGUACAUAGCAGUGUUCUUCAGACUGUUGUUUGGUGUAACUUUUGUUGUUUGUAGGGGGUUUGACAGAGUUGUAGCUCUCUAUAUAAAUAAAUAUACAUUUUUACACCAAAUGAAA